AUGAGCCGGAGUACCGAGGGUGCGGAGAGUGCGGAGGGUGCCGCCAGCGAAAAUAUCAUUGCCAUAGAGAUUGUGGCUAAAGAGCAUCAUGAGCUCUUCUUCCAGCUCAAAGCCUCAGUGAGGAUGUUCGUGGGAAACCGAAUCGACCGACGUGCGCUCGAGAAAACAACCGACAAACUAGAGGACAAGAGCAAACAAGACAAGAGCGUCCGGAUUUCAGAAAUGAGCUUGGAGGACGUGGAACAGUGCCUAGGCAUGAUAUGGAGAUGA